AUGCAAGCCCCUGGGUUGAAAUUUAGUUUUAAAAGUUUAGAACCAAUUAAUGAUUUUAAUGAGAUUUAUGAAAAGAGUGAAUUACCAAUCAAUUAUUUCUAUGUAUUCUUAUUGAAGAAUGAGAAGGAAAUUUAUAACUAUAUAGAUUUUAAUAAAUUCAAAUAUAACAGGACGAAAAGUAUGACGAUAAGUAUAGACCAACAUUUUAAAAGAAAUCCAAUUGUAAAAGAUUUAACCUUUUUAUAUGGUAAUUAUAAAGAUAAAAACAUUAGUUUUGUGAUAGAUAAGACAAUUGCAGAUAAUCAUACUUUUUUUGAAGAUUUCAUAAGUAAAAAUAACACGCAAAGGAAAGAUCAUUUUUAUUUUGAUGAUUUUAUAUAUUUUUGGGAAACUUUUAUUAUGAAUUAUAAUAUUUAUAAUUUACAACAGAUUUUGAUUUCAGUCACUUUAAAUAAUAGACUAAUGGAUGGCUAUGGCCCCGGUAUAAGUGAAUUCUUCACAAGAAGUAAAUUGAUCCCUCAUGGAAAAUCAAUAUUGAAUAAUAAAAACAAAUAUUCCAAUGAAUUUUUAGAGUCAAUGAUGGAUUAUGCAUUAAAUGAUAUGAAAGAAUUUGUUAAACUCAAUAGGAGAUUCAAACCUCAUUUCGAAAAAUUCUCUCAUAAUUUAGACGAUCAAUUAAAAUUCUGGGAUAAACUAAGUCAUUGGAUGUUCCAUAUGACUUAUUUACUUCUCAUAUUUGUAAUUUGUUUAGGUGUCUACAUCUUGGUCUCCUAUUAA